AUGUCAGCUGUGUAUAAGUUUGAAGCAAAUAUUAAUGGCAGACAUAUUAUAGCAGAAUGUCAGGAUAAGCAGCAGGCCAAAAUAACCUUUGAAGAAGCUAAAUCUACUGGUCGAGGUGCAUUCUUUCUAUCGGAGAGUAAACAUGCUGGAGAUAUUUGUGUGUGUAAGCUUGGUAACUUGGAUGCUGGGGAAACUGCUGUAUUGACCAUGGCAUAUGUUGUAGAGUUAACUGUUCAACCAGAUGGGAAUCUGACUUUUGUCUUGCCAUAUGUUUUGAAUACUAGAUAUUCAUCAGCUGGAGAUGCAGGAGAUACAAGGAACUCAGUAAAACCUGUUAAGUUAGGAUUCACUGCAUCAGUAACAGGUCAUCACAAAAUCAAAUCUGUUAGCACUUAUAGAGAUGAUUUACAGAUACAGAUAGCUGAUGACAAACAUUCAGCAGAGAUAAAGUUAAAGGACAUAGGUCAUCAAUACAGAGAUUUGGAGUUUUCUGUGUCGUAUGAUGAUGUUUCUAAGCCAGAAGCAAUUUUAGAAGUUGGUGAUUGUAGUAAAGAUGGAUUAUUAAAAGAAGAUGUUUUGAUGUUGAAUUUUAUACCAGAUUUGAAGAAUCAUUGUGGAAAUGUUAAAAGGGAAUUUAUAUUUGUUAUGGACAGAUCAGUUAGUAUGGAUGGAGAUAGAAUGGAUAAAUCUAAAGCAGCUUUACUCCUUUUCUUGAAGAGUUUACCUGUUGGAUGUCUUUUUAAUAUUGUGUCAUUUGGAAGUAAUUACAGUUUUUUAUUUGACAGAAGUCAACAAUAUAAUAAGAAAAGUCUUGGUGCUGCAAAACAUCAUCAAAAUGAAAUGAUGGCCAACAUGGGUGGAACAAAUAUUUUAUCUCCAUUAUCAGCAAUCUAUAGCAUGGAGAAUAAUAAAGACUAUCCAAGACAGAUAUUCCUGUUGACAGAUGGUGAAGUUAGUAAUACUGAAGCUGUUGUAAAUUUAGUUGGACAAAAUUCUCGUAAUUCAAGAGUAUUUACAUUUGGAGUUGGUCAUGGAGCAUCUACAAGUUUGAUAAAAAAUGUAGCUAAAGCUGGUGCUGGAAGAGCAACAUUUAUCAAAGAUGAAAAAGACAACAUGAAAGCCAAGGUGAUAAGAGCUUUAGAGUUUUCAAUGGAAGAUAGUUUUGCAGAUGUUGUUUUGGAAUGGAAUCUUCCUAAAGGAUGCACAGCUACAAACAUCCCUUCACAACAACCUAAUGUAUUUAAUGGAGAUAGACUUUCCAUUUUUGCUCUUCUUCAGAAUACAAAUAAAGCGAAAUCUGUUGAAGGGUCAGUAACUCUGAAAGGUUUUAUUUCGGGAAAACAACUUGCUCAUACUAUGGAUAUCAAAGCCUCAUCUUAUAUACAUCCAGAUUUGCCUGUUCAUCGUGUGGCUGCAAAACACCAAAUUAAAGAGCUAGAAAAAGGUCCAUUAUCAGACGACACUAAAAAGAAAAUCAUCAUGAUAAGUACAGCAGCCAAAAUCAUAUCUAGAUUCACAGCCUUUGUAGGAGUGGAUGUGCAAACAAAACUCCCAGUUACUUAUAUAAUUGAAGGGGUGAAUAAUAUUAAAAGUUCUGCCACCAAAGCAAAAGGGGUGUCACUGCAAAUAGUGGUCAUGCUUUUCAAAGUAAAGAAAAAUGGGAAAGUUUCAGAAGAGCAUAUGAAUACUAAACUAGGUACAGAGAAAUCCAAAGACAUUCCAAGACCAGCAUCUCAACAACUAUUUCCUGUGGCCAAUCCCAACUCACAAAGUGAACAGCCAACAACUUCCAAAAUUGACAGCCAAAAGAAAAAUAGAAAAAUUCAGGAUACUAAUUUUUUUGAGACCACUUCUGCUACAGAUAUUCCAACAGAACCUGCAAGAACCAAAGAACUGAAUUGGUUCUGUGAAUAUUUAAAUGAUCAAGACAUGAGAAAUAUCCAUAAGAAAAGUGUAUACAGUCCAAAACAUUCUAAAAAUUUAAAUGCGUCUCUUCCAGGACUUACACAACAAGAACUAAACAAUUUAUCUAGAAGAAAAAAAGGCAGGGUCCUCUGA